UAGUUCACUUUUGAAGCCGGCUUGAUUGAAUUUACAUCAAUUUUCUUCACUAAAUUUCUACUUCACUUGUUCCUUCAACUGUUUUGUGUGUGCUUCACUUGAAUAGUUUUGUUUUGUAUAAAAAAAUUGACUUGAAACUUGAAAUUUAUUCCGCAACGGUCUUCAAUUCCCACACGUGUGUAGUUUUUGUUUGCACCGGUUCCUUGAAAGAUGUUUACAACUUGAAAAAACUCUAUUUUCAAGUCAAAUUUUAUAACAUUUAACAUUUUUAAGCCAAUUUGUAACAUUAGAUCAGUGAUUAUUUUGAUUUCUCACCUCAAUUCGUGUUUUUGUGAAACUAGGAACGUAGAUAGUUUUAGAUAAUACAGUUUAUUGGAGUUUGAAAAAUUGUUUUCCCUGUGUCAGUGAUAUAUCUAGUGCAAGUGUUUUACGGAAUUGAAGUAAAUAUUCUUCUAAAAACUGUAUGAACGUCUUACAAUUAUUGCAGUGAUACAGAUGGGACAUGUGGUGAGGAACCCUGAUAUUGCCUCGUUUUGAAAUAGGAAUGCUUGGAGUUCAAUGGCCGGCGGCAGUGCGUGCAUGGGUGGGAGGGGGCUAGUUGGCCCGCGGGGGAGGGGAGUGAUUAUCCGGACCGGAGGACCAUUUGGGUGGGCGGUAUGUCUGCUGCUAGCUUCAGUUGCAGUGACACCUGUCUGCAGCUAUGUUGGUCUGUGGUUUGUUCGCUCGCCUGAGCCAAUAGUGGCGCCGCCUGGUGAUGAGGUGAACUUUGAGUGCUCGUUGAACGUGCCGGCCGAGAGAGUGCGCUGGCGACACGCUGGCAGGCUGCUCAACACUAGCGCCGCGGCGAGCAAUGUAAGCGCCGUCCGCGUCUCCAGCUCAUCGCAUCUCAUGGUCAAGGUCACUGAUGAGAACCAAACUGGCGACUAUCAGUGCAUUGCUUGGUUUGGUGCAUCAGCUUUGGCAUCCACGCCUGCCAAACUAACUCUGGCCGAGCUGAAACCAUUCCUGUACCAACCGCUGCGUCACUACACGGUCACAGUUGGCAACACUGUCGCCAUAGAUUGUCCGGCGCCUGUCAGCAAUCCAAACCAUGUUGGUACCCACAAACUGCCAGUGCCGUCUACCAGAACACUGCUGCUGGUGAACGUGACAUCCAGGGAUGCCGGGGUGUACACGUGUAUGGCCACCAACUACAUCACGGCGCAGACGGUCACCUCGCCACUGCGCACCACUCUGGUGGUGACCCAGGUCACCACACCGUCACCACCUCGAUUCCUGGCCACGCCCCAGUCGCUUUACGUCUCCCAGAUUGGCCAAAACGUGACAAUGGAAUGCAGCGGCGUGGGCACUCCACCCCCACGGGUGUCAUGGCGGCGAGAAGGGGUGCCAGGUGGUGGGAAAGGCGGGCUACCACGUGACCGACAUGAGUUGGAGGUGGGGGGAGCCGUGCUGAGACUGCUCAAUGUGCAACGAAGUGAUGAAGGCAUCUACUACUGUGACCUGAGCAGUGGCACUAUGCCAACUGCCUCGCACCAGAUCACUCUACAGUUGCAAGAAGCACCCAUAGUUCGGGAGGAGCCGAACAGUUCGGUGGUGGAGGAGGGAGGGGUGGCAGAACUACAGUGCAAGGUCACCGGUGUUCCGGAACCCACCCUAGUUUGGCUGCUCAAUGGAGAGGGUCUCCACAACGACUCUCAUGUCAAGACUGAAGCCAAUGGAAGUAAACUGAUAAUCGACCAGGUGGAGAAGAGACACGCUGGAAUCUACCAGUGCUUCGCCAGUAACCCGGUCGGAGUGACCUAUGGCUCGGCAAUGCUGCAGGUUUCUCCCAAACAGGUCACUGCUCAAGGCGACGAUGACGUAGACGUCGAUGAUAAUGGCGACCCGAUCAGUCUGAUUGCUGCAUCUCUGCCAGCCUCCAACCAGGGGGGCCAGGGGGGUCACAAUCACGGCAAGAAAGACCACACCAGAAAACAAAAAGGAAGACGAAAAGACAAGAAACACAAGGGAAAUGUGGUGAUGAUCCCGCCGUCGAAACCAAACGUCACUCGUCUGUCAGACAAGUCGGUGAUGGUGCGCUGGUCUGUGCCCUCCAACGACGGCCUGCAGAUCCUCUUCUUCAAGGUGCAGUACAAGGAGCUGGGCCCUCAUGGUCGCCGCGGUGAGUCCACCUGGAUGACCAGCAACGAGGAGAUAGCCAGCCAUGUCAGGAGCUACGAGGUCGAUGGACUCGACACUGAUCAUACCUACAGGUUUCGAAUAGCAGCGGUCUAUUCGAAUAAUGACAACAAACUGGGCCCGAAUUCGGCGAAAUUCCAUCUCCACCGAGGCAUCCCCCUCAACAGGACCCCCCUCGUCGCCCCCAAUCUCACCAAUCUCACCGCCAUGUCACCAAACACGAUUCAAAUCGAAUGGGAGUAUCUGAACUCAGUGCUGGCACCAGUUGACGGAUUCUACGUGUACUACCGGGAAACGAGCACGGCCGACGAUUACAUAAAAGCGACGGUAGAGGGAGAGAGCACGAGAGCUUUCAACAUCACUCACCUACGCGCCAACACCGCCUACGAUGUUAAACUGCAGGCCUUCACUGUGGGAACUGCGUCCGAUUUCAGCGAGAUAUUCACCUGCAAAACACAGAAAGAGCCAAACGCAACAGUGGUGGUGGAACCAGACGAGAAGGGCUUUGACGGGACAGGACUGCGUCCGCACCCAGCCGUGCAUAGCAACGGUCAGCUGUAUGUGGUGGUCGGCUCUGUGUUGGCCGGCCUGGCUCUGCUCUGCACCCUUGUGCUGCUCAUCUGCAUCUGCAACAAGCAUCGGUCAUCUGGCGCCGGUGGAGAAGACAAAAGCGGUGGAGUUGGUGGAGCUGGCGGGGGUGGAGGUGGAGGUGGUGGUCUGAUGAUCCAGCAGCUGGAGCCUGUCACACUGUCACUGCACAAUGGAUCAGCAGGAGGCGGAGCCAGCAAUGGUUUUGCACGGAGCUUAGCCACGCCCCCUUCGGCCGGGAGUUGCGCACGCAGCUUGCCCACACCCCCUUUAGGCGGGAGUUGCGCGCGCAGCUUGCCCACUCCUCCUACUGGGAGUUGCGCGCGCAACCUGACCACACCCCCUGCUGCGACAGGUGGGCGUACACCUCCUGUGGCCCCGCCCCCUGUGCCACGUAUGCGCACAACCAGUCAGCAGAGCCUGCGCCACAGCAACGGGUACGUUGUGGACACAACUAAACCACCACCCGUUCCACCCCUGCCCGCCAACCGUACCACUUCCCUGCACCACAACCACCAUCCAACGCUUCCCAUCAACAUCACUAGCAACCCUCUAGCCGAGUCCGCACACAAGGACAAGAAUGUGAUUGAAAUGUCGUAUUUGUCCAGUCAGAACAACAAUCGGUCAUCCGGCGAGAGCCUGUCCAAUCAUGAAGUCGACAGCGAAAUAUCUGAUAAACUCAGUUGGAGGAAUAGAGACAGUAGACUGGGAGAAAACUACGUGUGACGUGUUUUUCUUCAAUAAAAAUACAAACAUUUACAUGAUUUCCGAUUCCAUCAGCUCUUCAGAAGAGCGACAUUGUUUUAUUAAUUAAUUACUAUUUUAUUAAUGAUAAUUAUUAUUGACUGUCAGACUCGUUCCAUAGCGACUCUAUGCUUACCGUCCUUGAAAGCCUGUGAUUAAAUUUGUAAAUAUUAGUGAGUAGAUAAGUUAUAUUUUAUGGAAUUGUAUGUGCGUCUUGACUUAUUUAUGAAAAUGUAGAGCUAUGUUAAUAGGUUUAGUUCCAAUAGUUCCGAUGUCCACGUUAUAAUGGCAGUGUUUGAUUAGCAAUGGUAUUGCUCCCCUUGUCUAUCAUUCAACAAAGCGGAUAGCGCUAUCUCUUUCUCGCUUUGCUCUGUUGCCAGAUCGUCUUUCAACAAUG